CUGAUUGAUCAGGUUGAUUCGGUGUUGCAAGGGAUUUACUUAUUUUUAAGCCCCCAUGUCAACGCAGAACUAAUUAUGUUGUGUAUCUGUUGUCCCGAUUUCUCUUUUGAUAAAAACGAAGAGACAAAGUGUAAAUAAACAAAACAAAGAAUUUUGGGAAGUUAUCAUAGUGUAACUGUGUAAAUACAGCCUAAAGAAUAUAAGAAAGGGUUGUCUUUUAAAAGUGGUUGGCGGUAUACAUGUAUUCAGUGUAUAUUUAUUUUGAUGCUCAGUAUCUGAGAAUGGUAAUGUGAAAUGUGUCAUGGAUUCAUGAAGAAUCAAAUAACAUGGACCUAGAUCGCGGAACUUGUGUAAACUGAUGUAAAGUUUGGAAAAUUAUGUACUGGUUUAAUUCAUCGUGAGUGGAAAUUUCGGAGGAAAUGUCUACAUAUUCUCCAGAAACAAGCCCUCGAGCACCCAGCCCAGUGACUUUUCGUAAAAAUCGCAAAACGGACAGAAGUUCAUAUAUUCAGAGAUGGAAAGUUCUUCAAGACCGUAAUAGAAAUUUACCGAAAAUCGAUUUCGGAGUUAAAGCUCAAAUUGUUCCUAAGAGACAGAACAAGUCCGUUGGGAUUGGUGCCCGCUCCCUGACGUUGGACAGUCUAAAGUUACCGUCACUCUGCACGGCCUCAAGCGUCAUCACUACCUCAACAAACGCAUCGGGUUCAGUGGCACCUAAGUCUGAUGUCGUCGCCAACACUAAAAAGACUGUCGGGAUCCAGGUGACGAUUCAUUUUACGAGAUGGAAAUACGGUGAAACACAGGUAAAAGAUAAAGAAAAGGAUCUAAGUAGCUCUUUAUCGAGAUCUUUACCAAAUAUAGCUACAGCUGUCCAGAAUGACUCUAAGACUUCCUCCAAGCACAGAUUUGAGAGAAUUUCUUACAGCAAGAAACUGCAGACCAGGAGCGUGGAGAAGAAAGAGAAGGAUGAGGAAUCGACAACACAGCCCCAACAGGAGCUACAGGAGCUCGAGAAAUCCGAUUCCUGACUAAGAAAUUGUGUGAUCCCAGAAUCACUAGUACUUAGUAAUCACUAGGAGUGAUCCUCUAACACUAGCCAAGUGUGAAGACAAGAUGUUGUCACAGACAUUUCCUCCAAACUUGGUGCUAACAAAGAAUGCGAAGGAAUAAUCUUAUCGAAAUUCUGUUUAGUUCUUUAUGAAACUGCACUGUGAUUUUCUUUUAUUGUAAUUCAUGUACUUUUAAUAUACAUUAGUACGGGGGAAAUGUCAAACUGUGUCGGAAUCAAAGAAGAAGAAGGAUUUUUAAUUUAAAUUUCAUUGCCGUAUUAUUUCAGAGAAUUAACAUAGAGUUGUGAAUAUGAUUCCAGUUUGACUAUUUAUGGUUAUCUCUCAGUGGUAGAUAUAAAUCAAUGCUUCAUCAAUUCUCUUAAAUGUGUUAACAUUUUCUUUUUUACUUGUUCAAGAUUCAAGAGGAUUUCAUUGUAAAUCAAAUGUUUACAAUUAUUUUGGAGGAUUUAACUAUAUGCAAUCGA